UUUCAGUAUUGAGGUGGAGGUUGAGCUGGACGAGCGUGUGUCUGUGUUAACGCGAAAAGAACUCUUGCAGAGCUACAAGGCAACAAUAUGUCUUAUUUCUCUCUCACCGAAAACAAAUGAUUUUUAAAUCACAGGACAUGGCGACUCGCAUAAACAAAACGCUCUGUCCCAAACACACCCACCCUCCUUCUACGUCACACGGCUCCGCCCCCAUUUACUUUGUUGCGCUGAGUAACGUUCAGCUGACCAGUGGGCGUGGCUGUGCAUAUUAGCAACCUACGCGAAGCUGCCGGGCUAGUCAGUCAGUCAGGUGACUCGUUCUACAGAAGGUUCGCCAUGAAGCAGUUCGCUGUGUUGGUCUGUGCUUUGGCAGUGGUUACAGCCACUCCUUUGUUUGGAACAGAGCAAUGUGCCAAGGGCCCUGAAGUCUGGUGUGAGAAUUUGAGGACUGCUGACCAGUGUGGUGCAGUGAAACACUGCCAGCAAACUGUCUGGAACAAGCCCACCGUGAAAGCUCUGCCAUGCGACAUGUGCAAGGAGGUAAUAACAGUGGUGGGCAACUUCCUGAAGGACAAUAUGACACAGGGUGAAAUUAAGGAUUAUUUAAAUAAAAUGUGUGACCUGUUGCCUGAUCCUGGUUUGAGUGCAACCUGCAAGCAAGAAUUGAGUGAAUACUUCCCGAUUGUCUUGAAUAUGCUUGAGCAAGAGCUGAGUAAUCCUGGUGUGCUAUGUUCUGCCCUUGGUUUAUGCACAUCUCUUCAACGUCAUCUGGCAAGCCUAAAACAUCCCAAACAACUACUAACUAAUGAAAUACCAGAUGUGGAUGCUUCAAAACUGGUUUAUCCAUACAUUGUUAAUGUCCCUCAACUCCUCAAUCCCCAAGAGGAGACUUUCAAGGAGCCCAAGACUGGGGAUAUCUGCAACGACUGUUUAAAGUUAGUUUCUGAUGUGCAAGAUGCCCUCCGAAGCAAUGCUUCAUUUUCAAAGAAUCUGGUGGACCAUGCUUUGCAUGAAUGUGAGCUGCUGGAUCCUGGCAUGGCAGAAAUGUGCAAGUCUUACAUUAAUCAGUUUUCUGAUGUAGCCAUACAAGUUCUACUACAAAUGGAUCAGCAACCAAAACAACUCUGUUCUAUGGUGGGAUUCUGUGACCAGGAAAAAUCAACCCCUCUUCAAAACAUUAUCCCAGCUAAAACCCUUAUUCCUGCAGCAAAGGUACAACCAGCUGUUAAAAUCACCGAAAAUCCUUUGGCUGGAAACGGUGUGUUUUGUGAAGUCUGUCAGCUUAUGAUCUCUCAAAUUGAAAAACUUUUGGAUAACAACAGAACAAAGGAGAACAUAAAACACAGCCUGGAGAAAGUCUGCAAGCUUCUUCCUGCUGAAUACUCCCAAAAGUGUGAGGACAUCAUAGAAGAGUACUAUGAUCCCCUGAUUGAGCUGCUGGAACAGGAGGCGAAUCCUCAAUUCAUUUGUACUACUCUAGGAUACUGCAGUGCAAGAAGGAAGAACCUACAAAAUGUAAAAAUAAGUGCAGAGAAGGCUGCAGCUGGAGACUACUGCACUGUGUGCAAGAUGAUGAUGAAAUAUGUAGACGAGCUUCUGGAGAAAAAUGCCACUGAAAUAAGGAUCAAGAACUUUCUGUCUAGAGUCUGCAACUUUUUACCAGAUUCCAUGCAAGAUGAGUGUUCUGGGUUGGUCAAUGAGUAUGAGCCCUUGUUUGUUCAGUUGCUCCUGGAAGCACUGGAUCCCUCGUUUAUUUGCGCAAAACUGCACCUGUGCCAAAGUGAGAAGGUGCUUUUGGGAACAGAGAAAUGCAUGUGGGGCCCAAGCUAUUGGUGCAAAGACAUGGAAACUGCAGCAAAUUGCAAUGCUGUGGAUCACUGCAGGCGCCACGUGUGGAACUAAAAUCCCCCAUCCUUGGGAAGAUUCCUCCAGUGAAAUAAUGUGCCCUUUCUCAGUCAGCCCCCCAGAUCUUUAGAUUUUUUUUGCUUCUUGUAUGGAGUUAAAAUUCCUUAUUUGUUGUAUAUAUUUGUUAAUCUUUAAUGAUUACAGAUUGUGUAGGAUAUUUUAACAACAUAUUUUUAACAUUCUGAUAUGUUUGGGUUUUUUGUUUUUUUUUUUUUUUGUAUAAGCAGUGACUUCAUUUUUGUCUGGUUCUCAAACGUUUUUCUCCCUCUUAUAACCUGAAAAAAAUCAAGUUCUUAGGUUGGUCUAAUCUAGAACUUUUGUCACAUAAUGUGUAUUUAGGGACAGAUUUAUCAAAGUGUGGAAUUCGAGCUCAUCACAGAAACUCCCCACUCUUCAUUCCUAUAGAAUUUUUAUAGGCAUAUUUAUCAAAUGAUCAGCUCUAACUUUCACUUUACAAAUAUGCUCUAAAAAUCCCAUAGGAAUGAAUAGAGAGCAUAGAUGGAUGAAUUUUACUCUGGUACUUUCAUAAAUCUGCCCCUUAGUCUUUUAACAGGGUGCCCGGCCUGUAUAAUAAGAUAUUUCCCAAGGGAAGUUUAUGUGGGUCUUGAUUCUGCAAAGCCAUAAACCUCUCUGAUAUGGAUUAAAAGCAGCCAGGGUGCCUCAGAGCGGUACUCUAAGGGCAAUGCCACACAGACCAUUUGUCACCAAAUGCCCCAAAGUACCCACGCAUUGCUGCCCAUUACAACUGCAGCCAGUAUGUCAGUCAAAUCACAUGGAAAUGCUUGAACUUUUGCACAAUUAUUUUACUGACAAUUGUGUUUGGCAACAAUCCGGGUAUUUUGGGGCAAUUUGUUGCCCAUGCUGGUGGGGUGCCACUGCUUAAUAACGCAGCAUGAUUUGCAUGUAUACCUAUUGAUUUGGUUAAGACAUCUGUUAUUAACUGCAACGUUUAGAUUUUAAUUUGAACAAAUGUUCUGACUAAUGAAUUAAUCAUGGUUGUGAGAUAACUGUAGCAAACACUGAUCUUUCAGCAGCUGAGAUGUCCUGGCAUAAAACUGCAGCCUUCCUCCCGUAGGUGGUUACCAUGCUCGCCUUGCUCUAUUCAUAAUCUUGUAUUGCACUUCCAUAUCAAGGCUGCCCUUCUUUCCUGAGACUGCACCUUUUAUAGGAAUAAUAUAAGAACUUACAUUUAUAGGGAACUAGAUGAAUAAAUUAGGGUAAGAGGUUUCAUGGAUGUCUGUUUUUUUUCUCUUUAAAGCUGCUGUAAUUGACAAUAAAAUACUUUAAAACCUUUAAA